AUGGAGAGUCUUCCGGGAGCGGAGAACCUUCUCCAUGGUCCAUUUCCGGAUAACCAGAAUUCCACGAAUUCCACCGUGCCACAACCGGACUCUGCUUCCGAGUUCUCCAAUCUCUCGCGCUCAUCCUCUCUCGCUCAGAAAAGAAUAUCUUCAUUACCUCGUGUUAAGACGGCCCGUCAUGCCAAACGGCUCACCUUAAACUUCCCUAUCAAUCUGAACGAAACUGGGACACUCGAUAACGUCACCUCACCCAGCCCCAUAACCCCAGUCACACAGUCCACAACCCGCCCCUCCCCCGCUCAGCCUCCGGGAACACCUAUGGCAUUUGACGUCCCGGACGAUGGCUAUGAUUUUCUGCGGGCUAUCGCCUCGCAGGAGCGAAAGGUCAUGGAACUUCGCGAGGAGCUCACUCGAGCCGAAGCAGACCUAGUAACAAUUAAGAAACAAUGGGCACUGUCUGAGAAGUCUAGGAAGCGGGCAGAGAUCAACCACGCGGAGCCACUUGUACCCCUCCGCUCGCCCGAUUUCUCAACACCGGAGGUUUCGAGUUCACAUGGCCGGGAACAGAGUAUGAGCUCGGUUACGAGCUCUACAGUGUCACAGGAACGGAUGAGCCGGGAUCUAGACCGACGGUCUAGCGUGCGUGUUGCCGCGCCAGGAGCCAAGUAUGGGAGUAAUGGUCGGCGAGUGUUUCACGGCACACAUACACGGACUUUGUCUCUCUUGUCGCCAGUUUCAGGUCCUAGCAUUUCUUCCCGCGGUGAACAAGGAUUCUCGGAUGCUGCCAGUGAGCGCGUGGGUCGUACUCCGCGGUCUGCGACAUUACCAUCUGUCGACCGCACUAAUGCAGCUCUGAUGAGUGCGCAGCUCGACGAGAGCCAGGUACCAGAACAUCUACUCGCGCAGUGGCAGAAGACUCUUCCUCCCCCUUCGCGGGAGGCUUUGAUGCGCACAGGCAAGCAAAUGGCGUCUGAUCUCCGCGAGGGUCUGUGGACAUUUUUGGAAGAUAUCCGACAAGCUACGGUGGGCGAGGAAGGAAUCAGCGGCACACAGACACGAACCUCACCACCCAACUCAUUGGCACCACCAAAUGGUCGCAAGCGGGAUUCGUUGGCAGGAUCCCGGAGUCGAGAACGGUUGUUAGCGGACGGCAAGCUAUCACGAUCAUCGUCGUCAUCGUCUUCGCGGGGGAGGGGGCCAGCGGCCGAGACAAAAACUGGUAAAGACACCAAGCCGGCGGAAAUUUCCACAUCUUUCUGGAACGAAUUCGGCAUUGAUACACCCGCUCAGAAGUCUCCCAACGCUCCGCGCACCCCUCCGACAGCAGAGCCGCCAACCGAAACGCGGCGACCGAAGCCGAACACCGCGACCACCGCUCCAGAUGAAGAUCUCGACAACUGGGAUAGCUGGGACACGCCCCUAUCCGCACAGAAGACGCAUACGCCCUCAUCGAGCCGAUCGACAGUUGCAUCCAAACAUGAUCAAUCACCCACCACACAGGGUAGCAGCCCUCGAACUAGCGCUAGCUUUGGUGAUUUGAACCCGGCUCCCUCUGCACUUGAUCCUAGUGUCUCUGAAAGCAUCCCCUGGCCUGCAAUUACCAAGCUGGCUCCCUCGAAGCUUCAACGUACUGCAUCAAAUCUGAUGGCAGAAUGGGAGCGCUCGCUGUCGCCUACUCCUGAACGAACUGCCUCUCCUUCGCUCACUCGCAAGGACAGCAAGAAGGACUAAUAGGGUUCUUUCUCUCCUUUUCAUGUAUAUACUUGCUACCUCUUCUUCGGCCCUAUCUACGGGAUUACGUAGGGCUACGACCUUUGAACUAUGUCAUACGAGAGCGUUGCUUCUUGUCUUGUCGAUACAUUGCCUUCCCUUUGCUACUUUUGAAUUUGAAGUUUGUGCAGGCUUCCAUUUACUUUCAAGAUCUGUUGAAAUACCAGUUUGAUUUGAUCACGAUAAAUGCGAUUUUUGGUGCUUUAGCUUUAC